GGCAGCCCUAAGCAACAGCUGUUGUAAAACUGAGGCAGAACACAAGAUUUGGUUAAAAGUUAUUGUUAUUUAAAUAAAUAUUGUUAAAUCCCGAAAAAUACCGUCAUCUGAAUUCAGUAACUGCUUAUAUAGCCAUGCUGAAAUUCAAUGACUUCACAACUGUAUGCCCCGAUGAUUUGAACGCAGCUUUGGGUUUUCAAAUAUACAAAGACUUAAAACAUGGAGAACCAGGCGCCGAUUUUCAGCCCAACUAUGAUCCCAAUCUAAAAGUUUUUUAUUUAAUAAAAAAUGAUGCAGUUUAUGUACCGGUUUUGCACACAAAGGCAAUCGACUUCAGAAUUAUUAAGUCUUUGCACGAAAAUCUGAAAAAGCGCAACCUGUAUUUAGCCAUUGUGGAUAAUACCGCCAACAUUUUGUAUUAUAAAAUGAGCGAAUGUCUUAGCGAAAACCAGUCGACAAAAACUGCAGUUUAAUAAUAGCGAUAGAUACAUUUAUUUAAAAUCAU